ACGAAAGACGAAGAGAGAACGAGCGCCAACGUUAAAGAAGAAGAGAAGAGGCAAAUAAGAGGAGAGACGGUGGCACGUGAUGCGAAUGUCUCGCUCGAGGCAAAGUACGUCGAGCGAUUGGCGUUAAUUGCCACCGAAGGAGAAAAGAAUAUCGCCACGCCACCGAGAGGCGCCAAGAAGGAAGAAUUAAAGGCGAUAGAACGUAGAACACGAGUCUCGAUGAGAAUAAGCGGCUGGAAGUGUCGUCGCGACAAAGGAGGAAAAGAAUCCGGGCCCAAGGCUACGAGCGCGCGCCAACCAAUUUCAGCCCUGAGAAAUAUGUUUGCCGUCUCUCAGCUCAUGGACAGCAAAAGCUCACGGUCCCUCAUGGUACAUAUUCUUUGUGCAGGCGUCGCAUACACGAAUUCGCAAAAGAUUCACGGUUCAAAUCUUGCUUGCCACCAGCUUUACGAUUAUGUAGUAACGCAGCCUUAAUUUAAUCGGACCAUCACAAAUAUGAAAUAAAUUUGGCGCAAUCGACUAGAAUUUUCGAUACCAAGAAAGAGACCGCUAAUGAAAGUGCAGUAGGAGCCAAUUAGCUGACACUAAGACACGAGCAUAAAUAACAAGGGGAUGAGCCGACUCCCAGUGCAGCAGCCGAAGCCGUAACCAGAGGAAUGAUUCACAAGAGCAAGAGCAUCAGAGUGGUUGAUAACGGCAAGCGUCGAGGCUCACCAAGAUGGCCAUCGGAAGUAUAAUCUGCGGAGCUAACACUCCGAAAAUCAAGCGAAAAAAGGCAAAGACGACGGAAAGAAGCUGGAUCGAGGCUACCUUCCAGAAGCGAGAAUGCACGAAAUUCAUCCCGAGCGCAAAGGACGAGCACCGGUUUGAAGAUGUACAGGGCGAUAAGAAUGCAGAAUACGACGUGAUCACUACUUCAAGGUGCUGCUGCGGCCACUCGUACACCCAUCACUGUGGCACUGGGGCGGACGUCCAGGGCUUCGCGACCGGAGCCGCCGCCGAGGCCGAGCGAGAAGAAUGGAGUCCCGGGAAGAACACCAAGCAUUGCCCGACCGACGCUUACGGGACCAUCGAAUUCCAGGGCCUGCCCCACCCGACCAAAGCACAGUACGUUAGAUUAGCUCACGACACGAAGCCGGAGCCGAUCGUCCAGCUGCUGUGCCGGGAGUGGAAUCUGGGUCUGCCCAAACUCCUCAUAACCGUCCACGGCGGCCGCUCCAACUUCGAACUCCAGCCGACGCUCAAGAAGGUGCUGAGGAAGGGCUUGCUGAAGGCCGCGAAGACAACCGGAGCGUGGAUAUUCACCGGGGGCACGAACACAGGAGUGACGAGGCAAGUUGGCGAUGCGCUGCUGCUCGAACGCUCGCAGAGGCAAGGCCGAGUCGUGAGUAUCGGGAUCGCUCCAUGGGGCAUCUUGGAGAAGAGCCACGAGCUGAUCGGGAGGGGCCGGGAGGUCCCCUACGACUCGCUCGCCUCGCCAUGGUCGAAGUUUGCCGUGCUGAACAACCGGCACGCAUACUUUUUAUUGGUCGACAAUGGGACGGGAGGUCGAUACGGCGCUGAGAUUGUCCUCAGGCGAAAACUCGAGAAAUAUAUAUCGAACUUAAAGCUCCAGCCAUAUACGCACAGUAGCAUACCCGUGGUGGCGCUCGUCAUCGAGGGCGGGACCAACACUAUACGCUCCGUCCUGGAGUACGUGACGGACGAGCCCCCGGUGCCCGUAGUCGUGUGCGACGGCUCCGGUCGUGCAGCGGAUCUCAUUGCUUUUAUGCACAAAUACGCCUCGGAAAAUGAUACCGAAGAGGAAGAGGGACCGCUGGAAAAUAUGCGAGAUCACUUGCUCGAUACCAUUAAGCGAACCUUCAAGGUUUCUCCCGAACAAGCCAAUCAACUCUACGCGGAAUUACUGCAAUGUGUGCGCAGAAAGCAUCUGAUCACGGUGUUUAGGAUAUCGCAGGAUCAGCCGCAGGAGCUCGACCAGACGAUCCUCACGGCCCUCUUCAAGUCGCAGCAGCUCUCGCCCGCGGAGCAGCUCUCCCUCGCUCUCAUCUGGAAUCGCGUGGACAUUGCGCGCAGCGAGAUCUUCGUAUACGGGCAGAAGUGGCCCCCGGGUGCCCUCGAGCAGUCCAUGAUGCAGGCGCUCCAACACGACCGCAUCGACUUUGUCAAGCUCCUGCUGGAGAACGGUGUAUCAAUGCGCAAAUUCCUCUCGAUCCCGCGCCUCGAGGAGCUUUAUAAUACGAAGGAGGGUCCAUCCAACACCUUAGGCUACAUCCUGCGGGAUGUCCGACCGCAUAUACCGCGCGGCUACAUGUAUACCCUCCACGACAUCGGCCUGGUGAUAAACAAGCUGAUGGGCGGUGCCUACCGCUCGCAGUACACGCGCAAGGAGUUUCGCUUCCUGUACACGAGGGUGAUGAAGCGCUCGGGUGGCUAUCAGCAGCACCACGCACACCGUAACAGCUGCGCCAUCGGCCUUAACAGUCGCUCGUUCUCCGGCUCCGGCGGCAAGUCGACAAUGAGCCUUCUCGCUGAGACGAUACCCGCGACCCAGGAGACGGCCCUCUUCGACUAUCCGUUCAACGAGCUCCUCAUCUGGUCGGUGCUCACCAAACGGCAGCACAUGGCUCUCCUCAUGUGGCAGCACGGUGAGGAGGCCCUCGCCAAGGCCCUCGUCGCCCUCAAGCUCUACAAGGCCAUGGCCCACGAGGCUGCGGAGGAUGACCUCGAGACCGAGGUCUACGACGAGCUCAAGGGCUACGGCAAGGAAUUCGAGAACAUCGCCUUGGAAUUAUUGGACUUCUCCUAUCGCCAAGAUGACGACCAGACGCAGCAAUUACUAACGUCCGAACUGAAAAACUGGUCCGGCCAAACGUGCCUUUCCCUCGCCGUGACCGCGAACCAUCGAGCUCUCCUCGCGCAUCCCUGCAGCCAAAUCAUCCUGGCCGAUCUUUGGAUGGGUGGACUGCGAACGCGCAAAAGCACCAACUUCAAGGUAAUAUUGGGCCUCUUCUGCCCAGUCUACAUCACCCAAUUGGAAUUUAAGAGUCGGGAGGAGCUUCAGCUAAUGCCACAAACAGCGGAGGAACAUCUAAUAGCACUGGAGGACGAAAACGAAGACAGCGAAUCGGAACACGGGACGCCGACCGGUCCGGACGUGGAGGCAUUGAUCGGGAGCGAGCACGGGAGUGCCGUGCCCAAGGCGACGAUCGUCCACGAGAACGGCAAAGUGCUGACCGACAACGACGACGGCAAUCACCGAGCCUACGGCAUACUCUCCGAGUAUUACGACAAUAAGAGCAGCAGGCCGUUAAGAUUGAAGAAAAAGCUGUACGAAUUUUACACGGCGCCGAUAACCAAAUUCUGGGCCAAUGCUAUAGCGUACGUGAUAUUUCUGCUGCUGUUCUCCUACUCGAUUCUUGUGCGUAUGGGCGACACGCCGUCCUGGCCGGAGAUCUACGCGAUCGCUUACAUUUGCACGAUGGGUUGCGAGAAAGUGCGCGAGAUCGCGACCUCCGAGCCGGUCGCCCUCUCCCACAAAUUCAGCGUCUGGGCCUGGAACAUGUGGAAUCCCUGCGACGCCGCGGCCAUAAUCUUCUUCGUUAUUGGUCUUGUACUGAGGCUGAGACCCGCGACCUUCGAUGUCGGGAGAACGAUAUAUUGCGUCGACUGCAUGUAUUGGUAUCUACGAAUGCUGAAUAUCCUUGGGGUCAACAAGUAUCUCGGUCCAUUGGUAACGAUGAUGGGGAAAAUGGUGAAAAAUAUGAUAUAUUUUGUGGUGCUUUUGCUCGUGGUAUUGAUGAGCUUUGGUGUGGCUAGGCAAGCCAUACUAAAUCCCAAUGCUGAGCCAAAUUGGAGGAUAGUGAGAGAUGUAUUCAUGGAGCCGUACUUUAUGUUAUACGGCGAGGUGUACGCCGAUCAAAUCGACCCGGAUUGCGACAAGAAUCCGGGGAUGGAGCCUUGCUUACCCGGUCGCUGGAUAACGCCAGCGGCGAUGGCCGUAUACCUCUUGGUGGCCAACAUCCUUCUCAUCAAUCUCUUGAUCGCCGUCUUCAAUAACAUCUUCAUCGAGGUGAACGCAGUGGCCCACCAAGUCUGGAUGUUCCAGCGCUUCACCGUCGUCAUGGAGUACGAGCAGAAGCCCGUUUUACCGCCGCCACUCAUCGUCGUCUCCCAUCUCUAUCUGUUAAUUCGAUAUUUAUUAAGGUACAUUACUCAAGGGCGCAUGCAAUCUGGCGAGACCUGCGAUAACGGCCUGAAGCUCUUCCUCGAGGCGGACGACAAGGAGCGUUUAUACGAUUUUGAGGAGGACUGCGUCGAGGGAUACUUCCGCGAGCAAGAAUUGAAGCUGCAAAUGUCGACGGAGGAAAGGGUCAAGGUCACAACCGAGCGCGUGGAGAACAUGCAUCAAAAGAUCGAGGAUAUCGAUAAGAAGGAGAGCAAUCAAUCCUCGUCCCUUCAAACGGUGGAGUUUCGCAUCCGGAAGCUGGAGGAACUUCACGAGCAGACGCUGGCCCACAUGGGAGUGAUACAUCGGUUCAUGGCGACGUACAUGCCGAGCGGUCAAGCAAACGAGCACGGAAUAGAAGGUCACUUACACCACCUGGAGGUGGAGGUUGGACGGCCGCGGCGCGUCUCCGAGCGCUCGGAGACCGCAUUAUCCGAAACGGACUCGCACUCCCAGCUGCCGUGCAUUCCCUUACGCCGCAAGAAGCUCAUAAGGGCGAUGACCGACGCGGCUUAUCUCAACAUGGCGGCGGAAGGCAACCCCGGGCAGCAUCACCAGCAUCACCAGCAUCACCAGCAUCACCAGCACCAGCUCGAGCACGAGGAGAUGAUCGCUCUUAAGCACAACGCGGUCAUUAUCACCGAGUCACGGGAGAACCUCAGCAGAAACGACUCGUCGGUAAGCGGGGAGAUCGCGACGCUCCAGGACGAAUCCAAGGAGAGCACCAGCCAUGAUGACUGCGACGUCCCCAGAGCCGAGCUGAAGGAUCUGAAGGCGGACAAAUCGGAGGAGCGGGACACUUCGGGGGAGGUGACGACGGCGACAUCGGACUCCCGGCAGGAUUCCGGAGAGAGGUCAAGUCGCCAGAAUAGCCGGACCCGCUCGGAAUCCCUGGCCGAGGAGAUGUCGACGCCGACGCCGACACCGACGGCGACACCGACGGCGACACCGACGGCCGUACCAUCGGUGAGCUUCCAACGGGGUGUGACCUGGGCCGAGCCGCGGGUCGCAGUGAUCCAACCGUCGGGUAUGGUCUCCCAGGCUUCUGGCUCCCGCUCCCUACUCCUAGCGAUGCGCGCCGAGUACACAAGCAUAACCGACGAGCUAGAGAGCUACUGCGGUCUCCUGAGUCCCCCCAGGACGCCCCCGGUCUCACCGCCACCAUGCCGCGUACGAAGCGUCUCCGAGCGUAGCGGCCACAACGCCAUGGAGAUCGCCUGGCAGAUCGAGAACGAGCACCUCAGGGACGCCGAGAAGUGCGAUUACCAGCAAAUGGAGGACCUUAUUCAAAGGAGGUACAAUCUGAACGACGACGAGGGUAGCGGCCACGAGGACCCGGUCCCCAGCACCACCUCUUUCUUCAUAAGCAACGAGAUACACCCGCGGCUACGUCGUGCCUCCGCUAUCGACGAGGAUAGUACGAGCCGUAGACGCUGUCAGCGCCUUCCGCCCACCAUAAACGUCACCCAGGAGAUCGAGCAGACGCUCGCUAGGCCCGCGGCGACACGCGACAGCGCCGAGUCCGAUCCCAACGACAAGUCCAUGAGCGCGCUCGCGGCUCCCGCCUCGGAGACCAUGUGCUAAGGACCCGCUAAUACUGCUAAGGCAGCUCGAUCGCUGAUUCAACUGAUCUAGAGGAUGAUGGGCGAUCAUUGCCGAUUUGAAGAGCUUUUUCUUGGUUAAUUGGCAAUCCGCGUCGAAGCUACAUUAGCAACUGAACGAUAACGUUGGCCCUUUGCCGGAUAUUAUUUAAGCUCGGAGCUACUAAUUGUCGUGCACUUGAUAAUUAAGUAAUUAAUGGUUGACUCUAAUCGCAACAUUCCUACAUCUAGGAGCGAAUUAACGCUACGAGCCUCAUUUCCGGAUCUUUUCUAUCAAUUUUCGAUUUCUUUUGAUAAGUCAGCAUGGAGUCGUUUGCUUGAUUCUGCAACGAUGAAGUUGAAUUCUUAACUCGGAAUUCAAUUAGGGGCCGCCAUUUAUUAUUCACUGGAUUGAAAUAGUCAAUAGUACUCCCACGCAACUAACUCCCUAGCUCUAAACGAGUAAAAUUUACUUUUAAAAUCCAGAUGACACGAUUAAUGAUUAACGAGCGAUAUUGAUACGAAUAUUGAUAAAUGUUGCUUGAAUCGGCGAGUA